AUGUCUUUAAGUGUGUUGUGUGAUGGCAUUUAUUUUACUCAUCUGCCCCAAGAUAAUGUAAUAACAUUAACCUGGAAAAAUGAUCCAACACAGCGUUUUAUGCCUUGCACGUUCCUCAUUUUCAAGGUAAAAUCCACGGCACCGCAUAAGUUUCAUAUACAUCCUUGUUUUGGGACCAUUCUUUUGUCCGACUCGUCUGUCAGUAGCCAUGCCACUCACACUUUUCACAACGGAAUCGUUAACAAAAAGGAAGCAAAAAUAGUGAUCGGCCUUCAGGAGAAGUAUUCACCUAAGGCGCAUAAUGGAUGUGGGGACGAAACCAGUACGCAGAAGACGUCCUCCAACUCGAACACCCCCAAACGGUACCAAGAGCGUUUUGUUAUAGAAUCUCUGAUAAUAACUCAGAAUAUGCAGGAAUUUCAGAAAAUUCUUGACUCCUUACACGACAACUCCAAACUCUCACAUCUUGUGAAAAAAAUGUGGUCCUUGAUUUCGUCUAAUGCAAUCCCUAGUACACAUAUUCAGACCUGUAAUGCAAUAGAUUUGAAAGUAUAUAUGGAAAAUGUUGUUAUGCGCGAUGUUGACGCUUCAAAGUUUGGUAAUGAAUCUCUGACAGCGGUAGUGGUGCCCCAAUCAGCUGUUCUGGUUCCAUCUUCACUAAAGCAGCAGUCGAAGAGUCAAGCUUCAUCAUCUUCAACUAAUUAUGCGUCUGAAUUUGAAAAUCGCACCAAUGGCAUUCACGGAGCCAACGUAUCACCACUCGCUCCCAUGAGCGAUGAACUGCGCGCGCUCAAGAAUGAAGUAGCCAUUCUUCGCAAAAUGAAGGUCUAUGACACUUCCUGGAGCACGAGCAGUGUUCAUAGAGGGAAUUGUAAUACCAAACACCCACCAGCGCUGAAUGGAAUCGGUGACCGCAAUCCAACUCCAACAUCGUCUCUUUUUCAGAGUGGCCAUAUAAAAAAUAGUAAAAUAUAUAGUGACCAAAGAGGAAUGGACAUCCUCCUUUCAACGCCACUUUUAGGUUCUGACACGCACAACGGAGUGACCAAACAUCACGGGUUAAAACUUUAUAUUCUUUUAGGGGGUAUGUUUUUUGUCUAUAUUUUAGGUCUAUUUAUCCAACGCAGUCGUACUAGGCCCCAACUCUAA